GCAGCUCUUGGAUCGUCCUUACCAUAACUUUGGAUACCGGCCUGUCUAUUUACCUGUGGACUAAACGACAACGCUAUGCUGGCAAGCUUGCAGCACAAGAUCCCGGCGUCCUUCAAUUUGCUUGGUGACGAGACCAAACUCGCUUUCCGUAGCCAGCCCGGAGGCAUAGCAAAGUUGACCACAACACGACAUAUAUCUGAUAGAGACUCGUAUUGGGACCAGUACGUCACGCUGUUCGAUUCCGCCUCUGACGUCUUCACGCUCAUUUCUCAUAAUGAUGUGCGCCGCGCGCUAUAUGACGCGCCGGAGAACGUGGCCACCUUACUCCGUGUGAUCACCUCUCGGUUGUUCAACUUGGUUUCCGAUCACACAUUCCCCACCGUCGCAAACACUUCUGUCGCCUCAUAUGCCACCUCUUUCAUCAAAGCGUCGCAGCCUCGCAACGCCACCAAAGAGGUUCUCAAUUGUAUGCGGGUUCUCCAGCGUGUACUCCCGGUAGUGUUCGAAUUGGAAGGCGACACAAGUCGUUUCGAGCUUGAGGUGCUGUGGAAGAGAGAAGAAGUGGAGGAGAGCCCUGAACAUAGAGAAAGUGCCUCCGCAGCACAGUUUGUGAUUGAUGACGAAGAUGAGGAUGAGGGAGCCGUGCAAGGACAAGUGUCGGGGCAUCAACCAACCGCAGACACGAAGACAAAGAAGACCUUGCCGUCCAAAGCUGAGAAACUGCUCAGCUGCCUGGUUGACCUGCUCUUUUGCUGCGGAUUCACUCUUCCGUCCGGAGUCCAAGUGGAUCAUUACAAGAUCAACUAUACUAUCUGGGAGAAGGGUGUUGGUUCUACUACAGAUCCAGGUCCGGGACAAGCAUAUGAAUCCAACAGGACUGAAGUUCUCCGACUGCUGCUGGUUUUGCUGUCAAAGCAGAUAUAUGCUCCGCCAUCGGCACUCUUCACAUCUCCUUCUCGUUAUUCUCUCCAUUUUGUGCAACAUACACCCAGACGUCACGUCCUCACCAUUCUCUGCUCCUUGCUCAACACAAUCAUGAAUUCAUCGCAUGGCUCGAGCACGAAUAUCGUAGGCACAAUGGCUGGCAAGCUGCCAUACAACCACCUCAUGUUCAAAGGAGAGGAUUCUAGAACGACGCUGGUAACGACUUGCCUUCAGGUGCUUUGUGUCCUCCUGGAUUUCCAGAGUGGGACGGCUAGAGAUGUUGUCAACAGUGAAUCUGGGCCUUCGUCGAGCCCAACCGCUCACACAAAUGCGUUCCGCUACUUCAUUGCCAAACUUCAUCGUCCAAAUGACUUUGCCUUCAUCGUGGACGGAUUCAUUGCCAUCUUCGAACAAGAAAUGGCAUCUAUCAACAACAUCCUACCAGGAUCGAGGAAGCCCGUUCCGUACAUGCUAGAGACCAUUGUCUUAUUCUGGAAGAUGAUUGAUUUGAACAAGAAAUUCCGUGCUUACCUCCUAGACUCGGAAAAAGCCACAGACAUCCUGGCCUACUUGCUCUGCUACGGCAUUGAGAUCAAAGACAAGCCUCAACAACAUGGCUUGUGCCGUGCCAUCUCUUACAUCAUCCAGAGCAUAUCCGCAGAACGAGCCCUCGGCGCGAAGUUGAUCUCUCCCGUCAAAGCCCAUGUACCGCAGAAGUGGAACAACUUGGGCAGUACAGCGGACUUUAUGAUCCAUGUGAUCUAUUCGAUGGUGGCGACGACUUCCGGAGCUUUGACUUCCCUAUACCCGGCAUUGAUCAUCGCUUUGUCGAAUUCUGCCCCUUAUUUCACGAAUCUGAGCGUCACGGCCUCGACACGUCUUAUCCAGCUGUUUACGGCAUUCUCAAAUCCAUCGUUUUUAUUGUCUGAUGAGGGCCAUCCCAGGUUGCUCUUCUUCAUGCUUGACACGUUUAACUCUGUGUUGCUGCAUCAUCUCUCAGAGAACCCGAACCUCGUUUACGGUAUUCUUCAUGCUCACAAGGCAUUCGAAGACCUGGGAACGUUCACGCUCGCACGAGGAUUACGAGAGAUCCGUCGGAUCCAGGAGGCUAGGGACGAGCGUGCAAGGGUGGCUGAUGGCACGGUGGAUAAGGGUAAACGCAAGGCAGAUGAACAUGCGGAAGAGCAGCCCCAUGAGGAGAAGGCUCGGCUGCUGCGAAGCGAGAGCACAAUGUCGACGGAGAUUACCAUCCAAUCGCCAUCGGAGGUUCUCAGUCGGCGAGAAUCAAUCUCGGAGGAAGAACCUGCAACGACAGUACCGCUCAUGUCUCCCACCACAACGGAGCCUCCCACUAUUAGUCGACGUGUGACGGAACCAUCCGAGAAGGCUCGAGGCAAGAUGAGGGCGGGAAGGUCCAUGUCUGUGGAAAUGACCGGUAGCUUGGAGAGUCUCGCCGCUACGGCUGUAGGGCGGAACGGAUUUAUACCCACGCAGGAAUGGGUCACAUCAUGGCAGCAAGGGCUCCCGCUCGAUCCCAUUAUGCUGGUAAUCUCAGAGUUGCUUCCAAAAAUACAAGAACUACAGGCCUCGUUCAAUCCAGCCAACGCAAACGCCGCCGUUGUGGAUCUCAUCCGCAGUGCUAGUCUAGAGCACAUUUUACCGAAGCCACCGCCGAUCGCUUCCCGGCGCUUUAUGUGGUCCGAUGCGUCUAUCGUAUGGUUGACAUCCUUGAUAUGGGGGGAGAUCUACGUCCGUGGCAUGACUCCGUUGGGUAUCUGGAGCUCGACCUCCGUUCGCCUCUUCUUCGUGAAGCAUACCCAAAGCCAGCCGAGGCAAAUAACCGAGACAGUCUCUAACGUCGUCGGAGGCCUUCUUGGACGCACGGAUUCAUCACAAUCUGUCCGGUCACGUUCAUGAAGAACGCAACGUUUACGUUGCUCCAUCCUCGUGCGCACAGUCUUGGUCAAUUCGUCCAUCUCCUUCCAUCUGCGGAAGACCUGUAUGUAUCCUCAUGUAGUACACUAUAUUUCUGUCGGAUAUUAGACAAAUAAGGUCCAGCUGGGUUAUGCAUGAUAGACGC